ACGUUCUUCGUCCUCCCAGAUCCUAGUCAGUCUAGAGCCGACGACAAGUCAGUGAACAUCGGUCCGUUGUACUCGUUUCUCUAUAUUUCACCAUAGGCGAUCGUCCUUUAGACCUACAUAUAUUCCCAGUCACGUGCUCGAAUCCAGACAGUUUCGAUCGAUCGUCAUGCCGGCCGAACAAUUUCUUGGAAAGAGAUACAAGCUGUUCAGCAGCGAGAAUUUCGACGAAUUUAUGAAGGCACUCGGCGUAGGAUUGAUGGUACGUAAAAUGGGUAGCAGCGUGAGUCCUGUAGUUGAAUUAACGGAGAACAACGGGCUCUACACACUAAAAACGACCAGUCCAUUUAAAAACUCUGAAAUAAAAUUCAAGCUUGGCGAAGAAUUCGAUGAAGAAACGCCGGACGGAAGAAAAGUAAAGAGCGUGUGUAGUUUAGAAGGAAAUAAACUUCUUCAAAUACAAAAGGGGGAGAAGCAGACCACGAUUGAAAGGGAAUUCACGCCAACGGAAAUGAAAGCAGUGAUGAAAGUCGACGAUAUAAUAUGCACGAGAGUAUAUAAAAUUCAAGAAUAAAACUCGUUAUCCGAGAAAAUGAUAUUUUUCGGAUCAACGAUUCAUUGACAAUGUUGAAAAUUAUUCUUGCAGGUCUAAGAAUUUAACAAAAUGGAAGCAGAAAGUAUGCGUACACGCGUAUAAAUGUUGCUGCUAUGAUUUCAAAAUGAAAAUCAGCCCGCACAAUAUUUCGGAUGCGUAUAAUCCACCGUAUAUGUAUACGUUAAUUAAAUAAAUUUUCAAGAACUUCGA